UUUUUUUGUCAAGAAGACAAAUAGAUCCCACCAUUCAAAGAAAAAAAAAAAGAGAAAUGGAAACCCUCGAGAGAGAAAGACUGGUAAGAAGAUGGACGACGGCAGCAACACCGAGGCGGAGCGAUGGCUGAACGCAGCGGCGGAGCUCUUCUCUUCUGGUGACUUCCACGGAACCAGAACCUUCGUGAUCCGAGCUCGAGAGUCGGCACCCGUCCUCGCCCACCAAAUCCUUGCUGUCACCGACACUCUGUUAACCGCCCAAGCUAACCCUCGGGACUGGUACGGCAUCCUCCAACUGGUUCCGUUAACUCAGUCCGUGGAAGUCGUUGAGAGUCGGUAUAGGAAACUCGCGAUUCUGCUCUGGGAAGAACACGCUCUCUUUCGCAGAUCACGCGUUUUGGUUCGUUUCGGAAGCGUGGAAUGUGUUGUUGAAUCCUUCUAAGAAGCUUGUCUAUGAUGACGAGUUGAGGUUCCUGCAGUUUGGUCAUGUGAAUUAUUCUGCUGGGUCAAAUUGGACGAGGCAGAUUAAUCAGACAGGUUUAACUCAUCCGAGUCAGAUUAUCCAGACAGGAUCAGUUCGUGCCAACCAUAUUAGCUGGCCGGAGCCGACACGGUCGAGCCAGACCAAUCGAUCUGAGCCUAUCGGGUCCAGCCAGAUUGAUCAGACAGAGUAUAGUCGGAUUGAGCCAACUCAAUCAGGUCAGAUUAAUCACUCGGCAACUCCUGCUCCUACCAAGGAGGAUAGUCGGACUCAGACAGAACCAACUGGUGCCACUCGGGCUAGUCAAGCUACUCAGUCCGAGGUACCGGAGAACAAUUCGACUCCGGCUAGUCAAUCUACUCAGUCAGAAGGAUCGACUUUCUGGACUGCUUGUCCACACUGUUACUCUCGAUUUGAGUAUCCGAAAGUGUACGAGAAUCGUCCACUAAGGUGCCAGACUAAGGACUGCAGGAAAUCUUUUCAGGCGGUUGAUACCGUCUCCACCAGUUCAGACAGAGCCAAGUGGUCUGACUCGGAAUACCUUUUCGACUCAAGCUAGUCAAUCUACCGAGUCGGCGGGACCAACUUUCUGGACUGCUUGUCCUUACUGUUAUGUUCUCUAUGAGUAUCCGAAGGUGUUCGAGGAUUACACGCUAAGGUGUCAGGCUAAGAACUGCAGGAGAGCUUACCACGCAGUUGUGAUACCAUCACCACCAGUGAAUGGAAACGACACGAACUUCCGCUUCUGUUGCUUUUUUCCGAUAGAGUACAACGGUAAUUUUCCAAGUUGGUCACUUAUUUCGACCAUGUUUGCUUGCCCUGACAACAAGAGUGCUGGAAAACAAAAGAUUCCCCAGAAGUCUGCUCCGAGAGUAUUUUAUGAUGAACAAGAUACAUAUGUGGAGAUAUCUGAUUCGAGUGUGAGUUCUGAUGACGACGAUGAUGACUGGAGAAAUGAAAAGAGGGAGAAAAAGGUGAGCAAUACCAAAGGGAAAGGAUCUCGGGGGAGAAGUGCGAAGAAACAGCAGAGUGAGAGAGUGAAGCAGGGGAGUAGUGAACAAGUUAAUUCGGAUCAUGGUGGGAACCUGAGUGGUGUGUCUAUGGCACCGGAGGGUGUGCCAAGUGCCGAGUCGAGCAGAAGGGAGGUGACAAAUAGCGAAAAGAAGAUUAAACGAGGAAUGAAGGUCUCGGAGAAGUUGGAUUUGAAUGUGGAGUUUAGGAACGAGGCGGAAGAGCCGGUCGGAGGGAGGAGUAAGGGGAAUAACGCCGGAAUCAAGGAGAAUAACAAUGAAGGGAAUGGCUUUUUAGAGGGUCUUGAUGAAUUUUUCAGUAGUUUGCCUUUACUCUCGGUUGUCUGGGAUGAUAAAGUGAAGACUACUGAGUGAAUUCAGAUCCUUCAGCAGCAGCUUCAGAGUUCUUUGCUCGACUGGAUACCCGGUUGAAUACGUUUUUAAUCAUCGGCCAUUGCUAUGUUUGCGCCCUCAAGAGCACUCGGGAAGAAGUAGAUUCAAGGUUAGUUAGAAAAACAACUUCUCUUAUUUGUUUUGAGCAUUUUGAUCCAUCUUUUUGCUUCUUCAGAACCAGCAGUGCACACAUUGGUGAGAGAAGGUAAUCCCACUCUCUUGGAGAGUUAUGUUGCUCGGAUUUGGGAGCGAGCUGACUGUCGAGUAUGGAUGUGUCCGACACAAGUACACCCAACAUUUCUCGGUUUUCGAAUUCAAAUACAUUUUAUAUAUGAGUAUCGGAUUAGGUACUUGUAGGAAAUAUACGAAAGAUCGGAAUAUAACAUAUGUGCCUGUUGUAAA